AUGAACCACAACGCGGUAAGAUUCAAAUAUACUGUCUUUUGGAAGGGUAUACAUGCUAACAGGUUUCUCAACUAUGUAGCCCCAACCAACGCGACGAGACGGUAGAGCACAACAAAUGUCGCCAGCUCAGAAUGGAGCCACUGAGGGACGAUCGUUGAAGCGCGAGUUCUCCGAGAGCUCCGACAACAUACAAAUGAAUAAAGUUCGUUCCGCAGGAGAUGGUAUUGGCAGGUACCUGGGAGUAGAAGACGAGUACGUAAAGCACUGCAACGUGACAACGGCUCGUAUUCCCGACCUCAUCUAGGCAUAGAAACAAGAAGCCAAAACCUGCUGCCCCCGGAAAUCACAACAGAAAAGGAGACUGGAAACAAGGUCUUGGAUUGAUACUGGCAAGCUGUAGCGGCCUCGCACUCACUCCUAGGGAGUUGAUCGAGUAAGGCCUCAGUCUGAGAAUCUCAUAGAAAGCGACUAACACGACAACAGGUGUCAAGAUUUGAAGACGGAAUUCGAUGCUCUCAAAGAUUCCAUGAAACAAAAAAGCCGAAUUUCAAAGCGAUUGGAAAAUGAAAUGAAACGGGGCUCAUCUCAGAUGAAGCUUAUCUUCGACAAACAUCGCGCCAUCGUAGAACCAGCCAAAAAGCUUCGUGCCGAGCAAGACAAGAAGGCAGAUGAUGAGUUGAUGAAAGCCGCAGCGGAUUUGAGAGCCCAGGACGGGCGCCCAAAAGAAACCAUUCUGGAGGGCGAGGAGGAAGGGGAGAUUGUGAUCAAGGAAGAGAAGCUUUGA